CCUCCAGACUCCGCGCGCUUCUUGUGCGUCUUUUGGCUUCUCGCGCGCAGGAAUCGGACCUGAAUCGAAACAUGCCAUCCUCCACUCUUCUACCCACGGAGUUUGUUGCAGAUUUCAACGAACUCUACCCCGUUUCUGUAACUCCUGCGAACGUGACACUCUCCGAGGAUCUCGUGUUUGCGCCGUCGGGGAGCAACGAGACCCACGCGCACGCGGGCAGGGACACGGCGAGCGUGAUGAUCGCCGCGUGCAUCACGGCUCUGUACUCCGUCAUCUGCGUGGUGGGACUGCUGGGAAACAUCCUGGUCAUGUACGGGGUGCUCAGGUACACAAAGAUGAAGACCGCCACCAACAUCUACAUCUUCAACCUGGCUCUCGCCGACGCCCUUGCCACCAGCACGCUUCCCUUCCAGAGUGCCAAGUACCUGAUGAGCACAUGGCUCUUUGGGGAGCUGUUGUGUAAAGUGGUCAUCGCCAUCGACUACUACAACAUGUUCACCAGCAUCUUCACGCUCACCAUGAUGAGCGUGGACCGCUAUGUGGCCGUCUGCCAUCCCGUGAGGGCCCUGGACUUCCGCACGCCCGCCAAAGCGAAACUCAUCAACGUCUGCAUCUGGAUCGUCUCCUCUGCUGUUGGAGCCCCUGUAAUGAUUAUGGCGGUUACCAAGGUGACAGAUAAAGGCAAGACUGUCUGCACACUGAGCUUUCCUCAGCCUGAGCAGUACUGGGACACGGUGACAAAAAUCUGCGUGUUCAUCUUCGCCUUCGUGGUGCCCGUGCUGGUCAUCACCAUCUGCUACGGUCUGAUGAUCCUGCGGCUCAAAAGCGUCCGGUUGCUCUCAGGCUCCAAGGAGAAGGACAGGAAUCUGCGACGGAUCACCCGCAUGGUCCUGGUGGUGGUGGCGGCUUUCAUCGUCUGCUGGACUCCCAUCCACAUCUUCAUCAUCAUCAAGACCGUGGUGAAAAUUGACCACAAGAACCUGCUGGUGGCGGCGAGCUGGCACCUGUGCAUCGCCCUCGGCUACACCAACAGCAGUCUCAACCCUGUGCUGUACGCCUUCCUGGAUGAGAACUUCAAGAGGUGCUUCAGGGAUUUCUGCCUGCCCUAUCGCUCCCGAAUGGAGCAGGACAGCUUCUCCAAAAUGCGCAAUAGUGCGAAAGGGCCUGUUUCUGUCUGUGGCACUGCAGCAACAGAGAGCACACCUGCCUGACUAGUGAUGGAUCAGCUGGUGGGGAAAAAGACCAGAAUGACCCGACAGAGAUCAGGCAGAUCUCCACCACGGCGCUCUGACGUCACCACUGACCUACGAGCCAUCGAAGGUAAUGAUUGUGCCUCUGGUUUCAAGUGAGGAAACUCAACAGUCCCAAGAGUUUGAUCAGACAAACAUGCUGCUGCCACCUGCAGGUGGUUUGUUUCAGCGGUAAAUGUAAACGCCUGAGUGUGCCUGUGCAUACGGAAACAUGCAGAUGUGCACGUUCUUACGCUUAGCAUGCAGGUUAAAGGGAUCAUUUUGGCACAAU